AUGACCCUGACUGAAAAACUGCGCGAGAGGAUAUCGCGGGCGUUCUACAACCACGGGCUGCUGUGUGCUUCCUACCCCAUUCCCAUCAUCCUCUUUACUGGACUCUGUAUUCUGGCCUGCUGUUACCCGCUGCUGAAGCUGCCGCUGCCUGGAACAGGACCUGUGGAGUACAGCACCCCCGUGAAGGAUUACUCUCCGCCCUCUCCCGACGCGCGUCUGCAGCACGGGGAUCUCGGCGAGCGUCCUGACUGGUAUGUUGGUGCUCCUGUGGCCUACAUUCAGCAGAUCUUUGUGAAAGCUACCGUCUCCCCAUGGCAGAAGAACUUCCUUGCUGUUGAUGUAUUUCGUUCACCACUGUCCCGCGUCUUCCAGCUAGUGGAGGAGAUUCGAAACCAUGCUCUGAGAGACAGUUCUGGUGUCAAAAGCUUGGAGGAAGUUUGCCUUCAGGUAACAGAUCUUCUGCCUGGCCUCAAGAAGCUGCGGAAUCUGCUCCCCGAACACGGCUGUCUGUUACUGUCUCCAGGGAACUUCUGGCAGAACGACCGAGAGCGAUUCAAUGCUGACCCAGAUAUCAUCAAAACCAUCUACCAGCAUGAACCAAAGACAUUACAAACAUCAGCUACUCUCAAAGAUCUGUUGUUUGGACUCCCUGGGAAGUACAGCGGGGUGAACCUCUAUAAUAGGAAGCGAGUGGUAUCGUACAUGGUCACACUGGGUCUCCAGCGAUAUGAUUCCAGGUUCCUCAGCAGCCUCCGCUCUCGCCUCAAGCUGCUGCAUCCCAGCCCUAACUGCACGCUGCGAGAGGAGAACAUCGUUCACGUCCACUUCAAGGAAGAGAUUGGCAUUGCUGAGCUGAUACCCCUUGUCACCACCUACAUUAUACUCUUCGCUUACAUCUACUUCUCCACACGGAAGAUUGACAUGGUGAAAUCGAAAUGGGGCCUGGCACUGGCAGCGGUCGUGACGGUGCUCAGCUCUCUGCUCAUGUCUGUGGGGCUGUGCACACUAUUUGGUUUGACACCUACUCUUAAUGGAGGAGAAAUAUUUCCAUACCUGGUUGUAGUGAUUGGCCUAGAGAACGUGUUGGUUCUCACCAAGUCGGUCGUCUCGACGCCCGUUGACCUGGAAGUAAAGCUACGCAUCGCCCAAGGCUUGAGCAAUGAGAGCUGGUCGAUUAUGAAGAAUAUGGCGACAGAGCUUGGGAUCAUCUUGAUCGGGUACUUCACCCUUGUCCCAGCCAUCCAGGAGUUCUGCCUCUUCGCUGUGGUCGGCCUGGUGUCUGACUUCUUUCUGCAGAUGUUUUUCUUCACUACCGUGCUGUCCAUUGACAUUCGCCGUAUGGAGCUCGCUGAUCUGAACAAACGGUUGCCAGCAGAAGCUUGCAUGCCCCCAGCGAAGCCUGUCAGCCGCUCUCAGCGCUACGAACGCCAGCCAGCUAUGCGACCUGCCACCCCCCACACCAUCACCCUGCAGCCGUCGUCUUUCAGGAAUCUGCGCCUGCCAAAGAGGCUGCGGGUGAUCUACUUCUUCGCCAGGACCCGGCUGGCCCAGAGGCUCAUCAUGGCUGGGACGGUGAUCUGGAUUGGAAUCCUGGUUUACACGGAUCCUGCUGGUCUCCGCACCUACCUCACAUCACAGGUCACCGAACAAAGUCCUUUGGGUGAAGCAGGUCUGCCUCCUAUGCCUGUUCCUGGAGGGGUCCUGCCUGCUGGCGACCCCAAGAUUGAUCUCUCAGUCUUCCCAUCGGACCCCAUACAGCUGUCGGAAAACCAGACGCAGCAGCGGAACGGACAGAUGGAGCUUGGAGCUGAAGCAGAGGUUACCUGGGGAGCAGAGGAUGAGGAGAUUUGGAGGAAGCUUUCCUUCAGACACUGGCCAUCACUCUUCAGCUACUACAAUAUCACUCUGGCCAAAAGAUACAUCAGCAUCCUUCCAGCGAUCCCUGUCACGCUGUACCUGAACCCACAAGAGGCCUUAGAAGUACGGCAUCCCCAGGAGGCUAACCGCUACCACCCUUUCUUAUCUUCAAGCGGUGGGAAGCUGAAUGCUGAAGCUCAGCCCGACCAAGCCUCCUCCAAGCUGCAUGGGCACCAGGAUGUCACCCUUUACAAGGUGGCUGCUCUGGGUCUGGCCUCGGGCAUUAUCCUGGUUCUCCUGCUCUUCUGCCUGUACAGAGUGUUCUGCCCCAAGAACUAUGGGCAGAACGGGCUCUCUCACAGCAGGAGGAAGAGGGGGGACCUGCCCUGUGACGAUUACGGCUACUCCCCGCCUGAGACUGAGAUCGUCCCCUUGGUUCUCAGGGGUCACCUCAUGGACAUUGAAUGUCUGGCUAGCGAUGGGAUGCUGCUUGUCAGCUGCUGCCUGGUGGGCCAGAUCCGCGUGUGGGAUGCUCAGACUGGCGACUGCCUCACCAUUAUUCCCAAGCCGAGGUUGCGAAGAGACAGCAGCGGCAUCUUUGAUUACCAGGAAAGCUGGGAUCAUAGUCCAGAUGGCAAGAAUGGUCUGGACGACUCUUUUGAGAACAGUCACCAGCUCAAAAGGAUGCUCAGCCCUCCCCAGCCUCCGCUUUUCUGCGACCAGCCAGACCUCACGUCUCUCAUUGACACAAACUUCUCUGAGCAGGUGAAGGUGGCCGAGUCGGAGACGCGGCUCCGUGCUGUGGGCGGUCGCCAGAAGGAGACCGGGUAUGACUUCAGCAGCCUGGUUGGCAAAGUGUACGAAGAGCACAGCACCUCCAACUGCAUGAACUUCACCGGCCUCUCAGCCCCGCACGGGCAGGCUGGCUUCUGUGCGGGGAGCAGCAGUCCCCGCUCCAUGGGCUGCGGGAGCGAGGAGGGAGGCUGCAGCGGCCGCAGAAGGAGCCUGGGGGAUGAGUCUUUUACGGGAUUUGACAAAUCGUCACCGCUUCCUACCUGGGGAGGAGACUUGGAGAGCUCUGUCUGGAGCCUGGACCUGCAAGGGAACCUGAUUGUGGCCGGCCGGAGCAACGGGAAGCUGGAGGUUUGGGAUGCUAUCGAGGGGACCCUCCGCAGCAGUAACGAUGAAGGUCAAUCUGGCAUCACAGCGCUCGUCUUCCUGAACAACAGGAUCGUCGCUGCCCGGUUGAACGGCUCUUUAGAUUUCUUUUCACUGGAGACACACACGUCCUUGAACCACCUGCAGUUCCGAGGAGCCCCGAGCAGAAGCAGCAUCCCGUCCUCCCCUGUGUUCAGCAGCAACGACAUCAUCGUGUGUCAGCUCACCCACACCGUGUCCUGCGCCCACCAGAAGCCGAUCACGGCGCUGAAGGCUGCGGCUGGACGGCUGGUCACCGGGAGCCAGGACCACACUCUGAGAGUGUUCCGGCUCGAAGACUCGUGCUGUUUGUUCACACUGCAGGGUCACUCAGGCGCAAUCACAGCGGUGUACAUCGAUCAGACGAUGGUGCUGGCGAGCGGAGGCCAGGACGGUGCCAUCUGCCUUUGGGACGUGCUGACGGGGAGCAAGGUCAGCCACAUGUACGCCCACCGAGGGGACGUCACGUCCCUCACCUGCACAACGUCCUGCGUCAUCAGCAGCGGCUUGGACGACGUGAUCAGCAUCUGGGACCGCAGCUCGGGGAUCAAGCUCUAUUCUAUCCAGCAGGAGAUGGGCUGUGGUGCCAGCCUGGGCGUGAUCUCCGACAACCUGCUGGUGACAGGAGGCCAGGGCUGCGUCUCCUUCUGGGACAUCGGCUACGGCGACCUGCUCCAGACCGUCUACCUGGGGAAGAGCAAUGAGUCGCAGCCCGCCCGGCAGAUCCUCGUGCUGGAGAAUGCCGCCAUCGUCUGCAACUUCGGGAGCGAGCUCAGCCUGGUCUACGUACCCUCGGUGCUGGAGAAAUUGGACUGAGGUGGAGGGGCAGGCGCUGGAGCCCGGGCGGA